AUGAAACUGAAACCGAGAACUCCUCAGCCAGAUGUCGAGAGACGGGAGCGGCUUGCCUUGGUCCUUCACUGCGGCUGUCCUAUGGACAUCGCCAUGUUAAGGAUCUCUUACGGCCCACCUAACACGUCAUCGUCUGUUGAGUCUAAUCUUGCGAAAAUUCUCCCACUGCACAUCACCAAAUCCGUUCGAAAUAAUCGGAACAUCUGCCGAUCACCAAUUGCCGAGGCAGUGUUUGUGCAGACUUUGGAGAAAAAGGGGCUCAAGGACAAAUGGACUGCUGAUAGUGCAGCUUUAGGAGACUGGCAUGUAGGAAAUACUCCUGACCGUAGAGCAAGAAACUGCAUGAAGAAGAAUGGAGUGCCGAUGGAUCACAAAGCCAGACAGGUGGACCGUGAAGACUUUUUUAAGUUUGAUUGGAUAUUUGGAAUGGAUGAAGAAAACAUCCAAGCUCUGAACCGCAUCUCUCCCAAAGGACAUAAGGCAAAAAUUGAAUUACUUGGCAAGUAUGACCCAGAAAAGGAACUCAUCAUCAGAGAUCCAUAUUAUUUCUUGUCCUGCCAAGAGAUUGAUGGAGGAGCCCACUUCCUUCACCUUCUAAGUGGUUCCAAAGCUCUCAUCAUCCAUCAAAAUGAAAACUCUGGGACAUGCAGAGAGAAGAUCCUGGAUACAGCCAGAUAUAAAGUCCAUGUAACAAAAGGAAACAAUCAAGAUGAUGCAAAUGGGCAACUUGAGAAACCAUGCAAGAAGUCAAAGUUGAAGAAUGAUGCCUUGGAGCUAACAGGAGCUUGUGUAUCUCCCAAUGGGAAAUUUUUGGCUACUGUUGACUCAGUCAAGCAACUCACUGUAUGGGAUGUUUCAACAUGGGGUGUCCAACAUGUGUGGGCUCUGCAGAAAAGAGCCUAUUGCAUUCAAUGGAACAGAGACUCCUCCUCCCUUUUAUUGGCUGAUAAAGCUGGUGAUGUUUACUCAUACUCAGUGGAACCAUACAAAGCUGCAGGAAGCCUCAUCCUUGGACAUGUCUCAAUGUUAAUGGACAUGGCUCUGACAAAGGAAGAGGACUAUAUUGUGACCUGUGAUCGUGAUGAGAAAAUCAGAGUGUCGCACUACCCAAAUGCUUAUGACAUCCAUGGGUUCUGUUUGGGUCAUACAGAAUGUGUGUUACAGCUGGAGUUCCUACCAGAAGAUGCAAACAUUCUCAUUUCUUCCUCAGCUGAUUGCACCAUACGGUUUUGGGAUUAUCAUAAAUGCCAAGAGUUGUUCUGCCUGGACUGUAGGGGAAGCAUAGAAAAGCAGUUGAAGCUCAACAUGAAGAUAGAGACAUCAGAAAAAAAGAAGCAACCUGACCACCCCCCUAUUCAGAGGUUCCUUAUGUGGAGAAAGUAUCUCCUGGUUUCAAUUUACAAAGUGCCUGUGAUCUUCCUAUAUGAAGUGGAGCGUACCAAGACUGGCAUUUCAGUCCAACUCCAUCAAACCCAUGCCCUAGCACUUCCCCUAGUGGAUGUAUGCAUGCUACCAGUGGGACAUCUAUGUAUAUUCCUCUCAAAUUUCACCAUUACUAUCCACCAUGUACAAAACAACAGAUUGGAAUGUGACACUGAUCCUUCAAAGGAAGAUCUCCCCUUGAUCAGGCAACUGAUGGAUGCUGUCAGCAGAGAGAAACAUCUACUCAGUGCUGUGAAUUGGGAGAGUGCACAGGAACUAUUUCUGUCUCUAUACAAGAGUUGGUAUGAUAACGUGGAGGAGUAUCAGCAAAAGAAAAUGAUGCGUCUCCAAGAACUCAAGGAAACCAAACCACCUCCAAGAAAAGUAAUGAAAAUGGAAUCCAUGGCAGGCUCAACAGUGUAAUAAAUUUUAUGAACCUCUGAG